AGAAGGUCCGAAAGAAGGAGGCCAAGCAGCGCUGGGAUGACCGGCACUGGUCUCAGAAGAAGAUGGAUGAGAUGACAGACAGAGACUGGAGAAUCUUCAGAGAGGACUACAGCAUCACGACCAAAGGAGGAAAGAUCCCCAACCCCAUCCGCAACUGGAAGGAGUAUUCACUGCCGCCGCACAUUCUGGAGGUCAUCGAAAAGUGUGGCUAUAAGGAUCCCACACCUAUCCAGAGGCAGGCCAUUCCUAUUGGUUUACAGAACCGUGACAUCAUUGGUGUGGCCGAGACUGGUAGUGGUAAAACCGCCGCCUUCCUCAUUCCUUUAUUGGUCUGGAUCACCACUCUGCCUAAGAUUGACAGGAUCGAGGACUCCGAUCAGGGACCGUAUGCCGUCAUUCUGGCCCCCACAUGUGAGCUGGCACAGCAGAUAGAGGAGGAGACGAUUAAAUUCGGCAAACCGCUGGGGAUCCGGACAGUGGCUGUGAUCGGUGGAAUAUCCAGAGAGGAUCAAGGGUUCAAACUCAGGAUGGGUUGUGAGAUUGUCAUAGCCACACCUGGUCGUUUGAUCGACGUGUGAAACCGAUACCUCGUCCUGAGCAGAUGCACAUAUGUGGUACUGGAUGAAGCCGACAGAAUGAUUGACAUGGGCUUUGAACCCGACGUCCAGAAGAUUCUGGAGUACAUACCUGUGACCAAUCAAAAGCCAGACACAGAUGAUGCGGAGGACCCCGAAAAAAUGAUGCAGAACUUUGAGUCAGGCAAACACAAAUACAGACAGACGGUCAUGUUUACUGCCACCAUGCCUCCUGCAGUGGAGCGUUUGGCCAGAAGCUACCUCCGUCGGCCUGCGGUGGUGUACAUCGGCUCUGCAGGCAAACCUCACGAGAGGGUGGAGCAGAAGGUCAUCCUCAUGUCCGAGGGUGAAAAGAGGAAGAAGCUGCUGGAUGUUUUGGCAAGUGGCUUCGAGCCGCCCAUCAUCAUCUUCGUUAACCAGAAGAAGGGUUGUGAUGUGCUGGCUAAGUCUUUGGAGAAGAUUGGAUACAAUGCUUGUACACUCCAUGGCGGUAAAGGUCAGGAACAGAGAGAGUUUGCUCUGUCCAACCUAAAGGCGGGAGCUAAGGACAUCCUGGUGGCCACAGACGUUGCAGGCAGAGGUAUCGACAUCCAGGACGUCUCCAUGGUCCUCAACUAUGACAUGGCCAAGAACAUUGAAGACUAUAUCCAUCGUAUUGGCCGAACGGGUCGUGCUGGAAAGAGUGGUAUGGCGAUGACUUUCCUGACCAAAGAAGACUCUUCUGUUUUCUACGACCUGAAGCAGGCCAUCUUAGAAAGUCCCGUGUCCAACUGCCCGCUCCCACUCGCCAAUCACCCAGACGCCCAGCACAAGCCCGGCACCAUCCUUACCAAGAAGAGGAGAGAGGAGACCAUCUUUGCUUGAGCCAAGUGAGUGUGAGUGUGAGUGUGCUGUGUAUUACCACCAGAUUAUUUGCAACCAAGUUUAUAAGAGACCACCAGUAAACCAGGGGAUCCGUUUUCUGGCAGAUAAACCAAUGACAAGUGUAGAAAUCUGUAAGAAAGCUGUAGCAGAGAGAAGUCAUCCCUUGAUGCACAGUUAGUCAAACAUGACAUUGUAGAACGGCACACAUCUUUUCUUUUUUACACAUUAUAUGUAAUUGUGUUUUAAAUCAUGUAAAAAUACCAAAUGAUUAAUGCAUCUGUAGAUACUCCAUUUCAGUCAAAGGAUGAGUAAAACAAUUCACUCUGUGCAUAAAUAAUAAA